UUCCUCUCGCAGCGAUGGGUAAACCCAGAGGUAUUCGAACAGGCCGUAAGUUAAAAAAUAUUCGUCGUAAAAAUCGUUGGCAUGAUAAGGACUAUAAAAAAAGAAAUCAGUUAUCGACUUUAAAAGCCAACCCAUUUGAUGGUGCUUCCCAUGCCAAAGGCAUAGUUGUAGACAAAAUAGGAGUUGAGGCUAAGCAGCCCAAUUCAGCAAUCAGGAAAUGCGUCCGAGUCCACCUGAUCAAAAAUGGAAAGAAAAUCACUGCCUUUGUGCCUAACGACGGUUGCUUAGAGUAUCUGGAUGAUAACGAUAACGUGUUAGUCGCGGGUUUCGGGCGUUCUGGUCACGCUGUGGGUGAUCUUCCUGGCGUACGUUUUAAGGUCGUUAAAGUGGCUGGAGUCUCCUUAAAAGCGCUAUACCUGGGAAAGAAAGAAAAACCUCGGAACUAAGAGCUUUCUUUAUAAAUCAUAAAUAAUAAACACUUAUUUCAGA